AUGGCAAAGAAAAACAUGUCUGCAAUUUUUCAAAAGAAAGUUUUUAAAGUUUCUGAUAAAUUUUAUAAUUAUAAAUUACGCUCACAAGUAGUCGUCACGAGAAAAAUAUCGCAAUCGUUUUAUGACACUUGCCUGUCACUCGAUGCGCCACCGAUCAAGGCGGCCUACAUAUUCUUGGACAGCAUACACAACUACACAGGCCUACCUUGGUGGGCUUCAAUACUUUCCGCAACUUUCAUCCUCAGAACGACAUUGACGCUACCAAUAUUUAUUAUAACUGCUAAAAACAACGAAAAGCUGGUAAAGUUAUCACCAAAAGUGAAGAAGUUGUCAGAUGAAUUGAAGAUAGAAAUCUCAAGAGCACAGAAAGAAUUCAAAUGGGAUGCCAAAAUGGCCCUCCAUCAUUACAGGUGGAAUAUGAAAAGAAUUGUAAAGGAUCUGUACGUAAAAGAGAACUGUCAUCCAGCAAAAAAUUUCAUUCUUCCUUGGAUACAAUUGCCAAUUUGGAUAUCAACAUCACUCUCACUCAGAAACAUGAGUGGAAUGUUCCAAGUCGAUGGAAAUGUCAUACCAGCCCAUUGCCCAGAACUAAGCAUAGAAGGAAUGUUAUGGUUUCAAAAUCUCUUGUUGCCUGACAUGAUUUUCCUACCAUUGAUCAUGCUUCUGUCGAACACUCUAAUCCUUGAGUUUCACAACAGAAGAAUUAAGAACCACACAAAACUCUCAAAGACCAUCACAUACGUUAUGAGAGGCAUCAACAUAAUCAUGGUGCCCAUUGCUGCCACUGUGCCAAGUUGUCUUAGUUUUUACUGGGCAUGUUCAAGCAUCUAUGGACUGCUACAAAACAUCAUCAUGAGCAGCAUCAUGAAGGGAAAGUUCAACACUGAGCCUCCAGCGUCUACCGAUGAUAAGAUUGAACAAUUUAAAAACUUAAAAGAUAAAAAAUAA